UCAUAUUUUUUCAUUCUCAGGGCAGGACUGCAAUAUGGAAGAUGUGCCACACCUUUGGCGAUGCCGAAUGCCAUGUCGGCCUUCUGGGCAUUAUCACUGCCCAUACUGUUCACGAACAGUAAUUAGAAGAGUAGAUAUGGAAAGACAUUUGGCCUUAUGUCGCCUUCAGCGAGCAGCUCAUGACCUCCCAGCACCACCACUAGGUGCUGACUGUCCGCCACCACCUCAGACAACAGCUACCUAUGGCCUCACACCGCCACCACCAGUUGCUGACUGCCCACCACCACCUCUGAAAACAGCUACAUCACCUGCUAAUGUUCAUGCCACAUCACAAGACCAUAGUUACGCUUGUUCAUCAGUCUCCGGUGUAGCAGAUGUAUGUGGUAAGUCUGCAAAAUGCCCACACUGCAGCCUCAGUAUGCUGAAGAAAAAUUUCAGCACACACAUGUUGAGGAAGCAUUCAAAUAUAUUGGCGGACAUCACUAUGGGCUUCCAUCUGCCAAGUGUUCUUGUGGAUCAAACGAACGGUAUAUUUGCUGUGAGAAGAACUGGUCAUGGUUUUUCUGUCCCUGUGCAUGUGCAGAGGAAAACCUGGGGCAAGACCCACAAGGUGUUGUGUGAGCUAGACGAAUGCCAACAGUUUCAGUUGCUGGCUCAGCGGAGUGGAUUGAGCCAUAGUUUGUGUGUCCACUUGCGAUCGAUUGAUUACUGUGACGCAACAGGCAGAGAGGCUUUUCUGCAAAAGGAUGUCCUGGACGAAAUGGUUGGGUUAAAGUUCUUUGGGGAGGCAAAGGCAGCAGUGUGUCUGAGGAGGCAGAGAUCUGCCUGUGAGGCUCAUGUUCCACUUUGUGUGCCUGUAAAUUUUGGUGGGUCAUCAUCCCAAAUUUGCACAUCAAUACAUGAGCCCACUAUUCAUAGUUUCUCUCGACUUGGAAGACUGAUGGUGACAUUCAACUGUGCCAAAAACACCUGGCAUUGCCCCUGCAGAAAGCCACGGACCUCCUGCCCACAUAUCAACAUAGCCAAAUGGCAUUGCUUUCAAACAAACAAACAGCUUUUCACAUCCGAUACCCAAUCAGCCUCAAGGUCAGAGGGCUCCAGUCAGCAGGACACCACAGCUGUGAAGAGAACAGCACAAUACAUUCUAAAAGAAAAAAAAAUUCCCCAGCCACUUCCAAAAGCAGUGAUGUCACUGACAACAAACAAGCGGCAUCUUUUCCCUGUAGAAAAUGAAUGCCAACUUUGUGCAGAACAUCCACUACUUGGAGAUGCAGUGUUAAUUACCAACAGAGCCCGCAUUGUUGGAAUCAUGGGCCUGCUUGAAAAUAUUUCAACAUACCAAAGACAGUGCCCACAAUGUAAGAUGACGUACCGUUAUCAGGAGUGGAAAGAUGGUCUGCACAACUUUGAUAAUCAUCUUCUGCUUUCCCUGGAACUUUGCCUUUUCCUCAGGGAAAAUAUCUGUAACCAUGUGUCUGUGUCAAGAGUCGUAGACUCUUUACAGGGGCUUAGAGAGGAGAAGUACCCUUCCAGAGAUGCCAUUUUCCAUGGCUAUUGCCACUUUGAGGCCUUGACAGAUACGGAGUACGACUACACAUGUGUAACUUGUGGUUUUCACCCGCCUGUUGUAGUAAUGGAUCUACACAGAAAAGGUGUUUUCAAGCUGGAAGUGAGUGACCUCAAAGCUCCUGAGGAAUAUAACGGAGAGCAGGACAUCGACAGCUUUUGGAAUUCCGUCCAUCUGGAUAUGAUAAGCCGGGGAUUUUUCACAAGUGGUGCCAAAAAUCCAUUCGUGGUCAAACCCAGCUAUGACCAUUGGGCUCCCUGGAUUGGAGCAGAGACAAGGCAGGGUGGCACUGUUCUUAACACGGAGUUUAAAAAGCUCAGAACAGCCCCAUCUGCAGGUGAAGCCCAACUCCACUGCGUAUCAGAGGAUCGGCUCAUAGAUGAGCUUGCUAAACAAAAGGUUGGAGUUGUCAGGAAACUUUGCAAAUCAUGCAAUGUUGACACAAAGGGCUCCCGUCUUGACCUCAUCAACAGGCUGCGGGAGCACAUGAAAAGCAGGCAUACCUUUGACAAGGUCUUUCAAAGCAUAUGGGGUGCAUCUGGGGGGUGCUCUGUGAUUCUCUGCCCACAUGGUGUCGUGUACAGCAUAAAGUUCAAUCUGCGGGCGGAGAGUCCCAGAGACUUUGCAGACCUCCUCCUGUCAUGGAAGCAUUUUCCAAAUGUCUCCAUAUAUGACUUUGCCAGGGGUUUAGCAACCCAUACCAACUUGCGGGUGCCAGAACAACUGCCCUUCCAGCCACAUGAAGGUCGCUUGGCUGAUCCUACGGAGGAGAACAUAAAGGCAGCCAUGAAAGGGAGUCUGACAGUCAGUCUACCCUGGCUGCAGGAGAAACUACAUAAGACACAAGACAAGGCACAUCCUCUGACGGGGUCAUCGGCACACUACUGCCUUUAUGAUCGAUUCCAUGAAGACAAUGCAUCAGACCCUAAGGACAGGCUGCGCAGAAUUGGCAUGGUCCCUGAAUUAAAAGGGUGGCUGAAUAGCCAGGUGGUGGAGCAGUUUUUUGCAAAAAUGCGAAAAAAUAACUAUUUUAUGAAUAAUAUGAAUCCUUCAACUCACAUUUUUUUAAUGAGACAUAUUAUUCACCGCCACAACACUGCCACCAACAAUCGGCUCUUGGAGAAACAACUGACUGCCGGUCACCAGCUGGAACUGCUCCAUUCUGUAACCCUGUCUACUUUGGGACAAGCUGUCAUAUGCAAACCAGUGACUGACAAGGCAUCAAACUCUGACUAUGCUGGUUCCGCACAUCAUUGUGGGCAACAGUGUGAAAUGCUGACUGCCAUUGUAAACCUUAGGCCCUGCAGAGCCUCCUGGGGUCCAAAAGGAGAACAUCCCCUCCAGGAACAGCUGGUCAAUUACAUUUUGGAUGAAAGUGGGCCACCUCAGGAAAUAAUGGUGAAGGAUGGUCCAACCUGCUUGACUAGGGAGAAUCUGUUAAGUCUAGGUCUUAACAGGGAAAUGGACUCUGUAGUGGGAAAUGCUUGUUUGAGGUUGGUGAAAGAGAUGUCCCAACUUCAGGGGAAAAAUGUCUUCAUUAUGGACCUCCAUAUACCCCCUACCUGGCUACCACCCAGGGGCUGUGACCCUCUGCUGAGUCUUCCAGUGGAUGCCACAGACACUGUGCUGGUGUUCCCACUUUGGACUCCAGGGCACUACUUGCUUUGUGUCAUGAAGCCACUUGAAAAACGUAUAUGGUUCCUCGACUCCCAGUAUGCCCAGAGGGAGCAAAGCUUUGGGCACACGAUUUAUCGGGACAUCUUGAGGUUACAAUAGGAUGAUUAACCAUGGCAGUCAUGUUCCCCUGGCUUGCCAUAAUCAUUUUAAGUUUUGGGCAGUCACGUUCUCCUGACUUGUCCUCUUAAAUGCAACUAGUUUUGACAGUCAUGUUCCCCUGACUUGUCCACAUUGAAGCAGCUACUCCUGGCAAUCACGUUCCCCUGAUUUGUCAGAGCUGCAAAGGUAAAGUGGUUCCUCAUGUUCAGAGGAUGUAAGUGUAGCUGACUGG